AUGUACACUUCGUACUUGUUUUAUACUGAUUGUUCUGGUUAUUUUUUCCUGGGUAAAAGAAGAAAACGUUACAGAAGAGCUCAUCAAGUACGUGGUCCUGCAACUUUGGAAGAACAACUCCUCGAUCGUGUGGACAAAGGUGGUCCCCAUGAAUAUACCUUAGUAAAGGAGCGAAAACCUAGAUCCGCUUCGACGGGAACGAAGAGCCCAAAAGAACGGGUUCCUGUUCGACGUGGUGUGGGUCGCUGCACAAUUAUUGAUAUCCAUUUAGAAGUCUUAGAUCAAUGUCAAAAAGGGGACCUGCAUUCGACGAAGGAAGACUUUCUACAAAUUCUUGUGGAAGAAUUUAUGGGAAGUGAAUUUAUAAAAGAAGAAAAGGUUCCGAGGGAAGAUGUUCCUAAGGAAAGUGUACCUAUGGAACAGGUUCCAUGUUCAGAUUCCGGGUUUUAG